UAUCUCGUUCUGGGUGGCAAUCGUACUUACAAACUUAACCGGCGACUUAUGGUUAUUUUAACGUUAUCCGUCUAACCCAAAACGUGUUUUAAAUAGUUUAAGAAGUAGUAGAACAGAUUUGUUAAAGCAGUUACAAAUGGCACCUAUUGGAGAACCAGAAUAUGAUCUUGUGGUUAUCGGAGGAGGCUCUGGCGGAUUAGCUUGUGCCAAAGAAGCAGUAAAUUUGGGAGCUAAAGUAGCAGUCUUAGACUAUGUAGUUCCUUCACCACAAGGAACAAAAUGGGGCUUGGGUGGCACAUGUGUAAAUGUGGGAUGCAUACCUAAAAAACUUAUGCAUCAAGCAUCUUUACUUGGAGAUGCUAUAUUUGAUUCUUCCUUUUAUGGAUGGAAAUUUGAUAAUCCUGAGAACACAAAACAUGAUUGGUUUUCAUUAACAGAAGCUGUUCAAAAUCAUAUCAAAAGUGUCAACUGGGUCACUAGAGUAGAUCUACGAGACAAGAAAAUCGAAUAUAUUAAUGGCCUAGGAUACUUUAAAGAUCAAAAUACUAUUAUAGCUGUAUUAAAGAAUAAAAGUGAAAAAAUAUUGUCUGCCAAAAAUAUUGUUAUCGCAGUUGGAGGACGGCCUAACUAUCCAGAUAUUCCUGGAGCACUAGAGUAUGGAAUUACUAGUGAUGAUAUUUUCAGUUUAGAUAGAGAACCUGGAAAAACUGUAGUUGUUGGUGCUGGUUACAUUGGACUUGAAUGUGCAGGUUUUCUGAAAGGAUUAGGAUAUGAUGCAACAGUUAUGGUCCGCUCAGUCUUAUUGCGUGGAUUUGAUCAACAAAUGGCUAAUAUCAUUAAGGAAUCUAUGAUUGAAAAAGGAGUCAAAUUUUUAGAUACAUGCAUUCCAAAAUCAGUAGAAAAAUGCUCAGAUGGCAAACUUCUUGUUACUUGGUUAAAUACUUCUGAUAAUACCACACAUUCAGAUGUAUUUGAUACCAUUUUGUUUGCUAUUGGAAGGAAAGCUUUAACAAAAGAUUUAAAAUUAGAUAAUGCUGGUGUUUUAUUAGAAGAAAAUUCAGAUAAAGUUUCAACUGUAAAUGAACAAACAAAUGUGCCUAAUAUUUAUGCUGUUGGUGAUGUGUUAUAUAAAAAACCUGAGUUGACACCUUCAGCUAUUCAUGCUGGACGUUUAUUAGCUAGAAGAAUGUUUGGAAAUUCAACUCAGAUAAUGGACUACGAAAACAUUGCCACCACAGUAUUUACUCCAUUGGAAUAUGCUUGUGUGGGCUUAAGUGAAGAAGAUGCAACUAAAAUGUAUGGCGCUGAUAAAUUAGAGAUUUAUCAUGCAUAUUAUAAACCUACGGAGUUCUUCAUUCCACAGCGUAGUAUCAAGCAUUGUUACUUAAAAGCUGUUGCAUUGAGAGAUGGCCCACAAAAAGUUCUUGGACUGCAUUUUAUAGGCCCAAAUGCUGGAGAAGUUAUUCAAGGUUUUGCUGCUGCUAUGAAGUGCAAUCUUACAAUGGAAGCUUUGUUAAACACUGUUGGAAUUCAUCCAACAAUAGCUGAAGAAUUCACUAGACUAAAUGUUACAAAACGUUCAGGGAAAGAUCCAAAUCCAGCAUCAUGUUGCAGUUAAACAUUAUUCUCGCUUGUGAUGUCCUAUAAUAUAUAUUUAUAUGCAGUUGAUUACAGAAAAAUGCCACAUAACUUGUUAGGAAACUGUUUAUAAACCACUAUUUUUUUAGCAUUAUUUUUGUAGUUGUUAUAUUUAUAUUUCCAAUUGUGAUAUUUUAAUAUUACAUAUGAUAAAA